AUGUUUAGAAAAAAUGAGAAGGGCAAAAUUGUCCAAGGGGGCGGUGACUAUCUAUUUAAGCCGGCCAGCCUUUGUUAUGGGUAUGUUUCACUCCAAAAUUCCCGGCCAGGUCACCGCCGCCGCCCCCUGCACAACCACAACCCUAGGACAUUAUCAGCCUGGCGGCCGCCAUCUGGCUCCAAUCAAUCAACGGCACCAACUCCAACUUCCCGGCUUACUCCUCCCACCUCAAACACGCCCUCUCCAUCUCCCAACUCCAACUUAACAACCUCGCCUUCGCCUCCGACGCCAGCAAGCUCCUCGGCUGGCUCUCCGGCCUCGCCGCCUCCCGCCUCCCCCUCCCCCUCCCCGCCGUCCUCCUCCCUCGGCCUCGCCGGCUACCUCCCCCAAUACCUCCUCCUCACAAAUCGAAUCCACACCCUCGCCUACCCCGCCGUCUUCGCCCUCACCGUCCUCGCCGGAAACAGCGUCUGCUGGAUCAACACCGUCUCCUACGUCCUCGCCAUCAACAAUUUCCCCCUCGACCGGAAAAUCGCCGUAGGCCUCUCCACCAGCUACGUCGGCCUCAGCACCGCCAUCUACACAAACGCCGUCAACAUCCUCGCUGGCCGGGCGGGCUCCCCGGCCCGCCGGGCCGAGUACUUCCUCCUUCUCAACGCCCUCGUCCCACUCACCGUGUGUGUCCUAGUGGCCCCGAUCGUUCUCGCCAGAGACCCGACUCUCGGGAAGUCGAGGGUUUUGGAGAGCGGUUUUCGAUCCCUUUUCGUGAUCACGGUUUUCACGGGCCUUCUCGGCGUGACGUCGAGCCUCUUCUCGUCUACGGUUUUGUUAGCGUUGGUGGUUGUGUUUUUCGUGUUUCUGCUAAUGCCGUUGUCUACUCCGCUCGUCGAGUGGGCUCGGGAGACGAUGCAGAAGAAGUGUCUGUUGAGGCUUUACGACGAGGGCGAAGGGGAGGAGAUCGGGCCGUUGAUGAUGUUGAGACGGGUCGAGUUUUGGUUGUAUUUUUUCGUGUAUUUGUUCGGGGCAACGCUUGGGUUGGUUUACUUGAAUAACUUGGGGCAAGUGGCCGAGUCGAGAGGAUGCUCGGGGACUUUGUCGCUCGUCUCGUUGUCUUCGGCUCUCAGAUUCUUUGGUCGACUGUUGCCUUCUCUAUUCGACUACUUCUCAUCCUCCUCCUCAAAGAAAAAACGGGCGGCAUCGACAGUGACGGCCAUGGGGGCCAUGACGGCCCCGAUGUGUGGGGCCUUCUUCUUGUUGGUGAUCAUCUGUGAUGACGUGGCGCUGUACGCAUCCACGGCGGUUAUAGGGUUGUGCACUGGAGCGAUAACUUCGGUGGCUGUGACAAUGACGACUGAGCUGUUUGGGGCGGCCAAUUUCGGGGUGAACCAUAUUAUUGUAGUGCUGAAUAUUCCGAUUGGGUCCUUCGGAUUUGGUUACCUGGCAGCAUUGCUGUACAGCAGGGAGCGUGCGGGUGGGGAAGACAACUGCAUGGGCCACAAGUGCUACCAGGGAACAUUUGUGAUUUGGGGGUGUUUGUGCCUGCUGGCAACCGUGCUGGCUCUCAUCCUGCGAUCCAUAACUAAAAGAGCUGCAACACUGAGGAGAUUCUAG